AUGUCCAGCAAAGGGCAAAGAAUGCCGAAAAUGUUCCAAACUGAACCAUUUUGCGAGGGUGUGUCGAUCUGCGCCUGCGAGGUCAGCGGCAAGACCGUGGACGAUGGCAAGGACGUCAUGAAAACAAACCAAUAUAUUCGGCCACUUAAUGUCUCGGACAAUGACAAUGAAUCAAGCGACUCAGACAAUUAUUGUUAUUCAGUUAACAAUACAAAGGCGCAAAAUUCCUACACAAAGUUGAAGAUUAACAAUCGCGACGUAAAGUUUACGGUUGACACUGGUUCCAGUAUAAACAUAAUAGAUCAACAAACCUUUGAGCAAUUGGGACAUUAUACAUUGUCCAAAACAAACAUCAAAGCUUAUGCAUUUAAUCCAAACGUCCCUGUUAAAAUGAAUGGGAAAUUUACCACCAUUGUGGUAUCACGGCGCAAGAUUACGGUGACAACCAUUUAUGUUACAAAAGCAAGCGGUGGUUGUCUUUUGAGUGGAUCAACUGCAGAAGAGCUAGGACUAAUCAGCUUGCAUUUGAAUGCG